UCUGCUAAUUGAAGCUGACUUUGGACGCCAUUUCCGGGGAGCAGACAGUUCUCAGACCUUUGUAUACAUUGGCUAAAGCAGUAAAGUACUAUAAUAUAAAACCUUUGCUAUUACUUCUAGUAAUAUAACUUAUGCAACAAAAUGGUGAAGUCUUGUGCUGCAUACAACUGUACAAAUAAUGUGAAGAAAUGUAAGGGUCUCAGCUUCCACCAUUUUCCCCUUGCAGACAAGAGAAGACUUAGAGAGUGGUUAGUAAAGAUUCGACGAGAGGAAUUUGCUCCAACUGUACACUCUGUAAUCUGCUCACAGCAUUUCGAGCCUUCAUGCUUCUGGAACAGUGCCAAUAAAAGACUUUUAAAGCCAUCGGCAAUUCCAACAAUUUUCAAUUUUCCAGGAUCGCUAAAAAAGGUUGGUUUUUAUUCCUGA